AUGCAUGACCUUUUUACUCAAGUUCUUGGUAAAAAAGAUUUGUCAAAGGCUGGUGAUUUAUUCACUGUUAGUGAUAUUGAAAUUUCAAAUGAUUUAUCAGAAGUAAUUAAAACCAUAUUGGACAUAACAUCAAAUUCUGAUUAUGUUAACAAUGACAAUGAUCAAAGUGUAGUAGAAAUAUGUAUAACAAGAGUUACAUCAGCAAUAAGAGAAACAGGUAGUAUGGAAUCACAUGCAGAUGCUCUUGUUGAACUUUUACAAAAUUGCCUUAAUCAUAGUUUAAAACCAACAUCAAAAGAUGAAGAUCCACCACAUGCCAAAAUUGCUGCAGAUAUCAUUUCUUGUAUAUUUUUAGCAAAAGUUAUGAAAAAAGCACUGCCUGUAGCAGUUAAAUUUCUUCACAAGGGUAACAAAGAACUAAGCAGAAAUAUGAGUUCUUAUUUAUCAUUGGCUGCGAUAGAAAAUGCUGAACUACUUUCCCAACAUAUACAACUUAUUAUUGAUAGCAUAAUAUCAGGAAACUAUACUUUAAGUCGAGUAUUGCCUCAGGUGUAUGGAGUGGAUAAAGAUGCAUUAGAAGAACAUGUAAUGGCAUUGGUGUCUUUGCUUCCUUUGUGCAAUGAUUCAGAAAAAUUGGCCCUGUUAAACUUAUUUGCUCUAAUUGCAAACAAUAAACCUGCUCUCUUAGAACUCAGUUUACAUCAGUUGUGUGAAUAUUUAAAUCUAUGUUCAACCGCCCCCGUGGCCAUGCAAAUUUUUUUAAACGUAGCUGAAAAAAAACCUCAAAGUUUAAUUGAUCACUUGCCCAGAAUAAAAUUAUGUGCAGACAGGUUUCCUAAUACUUUGUGCUUAGCCGCUAAAGUCAUUUCUUUGGUGGGUAAAUUAAGCAAAGACAGAGCUGAAGAUGCUUUAAAUUUUGUAUUGGAGCAUCUGCAAAAAGCUGAUCGCGGAAGUCAGGGAACUCUGUUAAAAGAAGCAACGUUGCUAUGUUCAAGUUAUCCAGUUUUAUUUACGGAAAAAAUGUUGGAAGAAGUUCGUCAAGUCGGUAUUGCAAAUGAAGAAAAAAAUAGUAAUAGUAAUAGUGAUAGUAGUAAUAAUAAUUGUAACGCUGAUAGUAAUAGCCCUAAUAAAAAUGGACGUCACAAUGAAAAUGAUAAAGAAAAUGAUAAUAUCAACAAUAAUAAUAAUAAUAACAUUAAUAAAAACAGUAACGAUAGUGAUGAAUCUCAAGUUAAUCAAACAUCCGGUAACGUAACGAUUGUAAAGCUCGGAGGUGGCGGCAGUAAUCAAGGGAUAAAAGAACCAGAAAAACUAAAUGAUAACAUUCGCUGCGGAGUAAUUCGACCCAGGUCUACCGUCCGAUUGGAUAAUUCUGUACCCCAUCGAAGCAUGACAAGACUUAACGUUGGAGGAAGCAGAGCAGGUUCGGUGGGAGGACUUCACAAGAGCAUGACCAAAUUAAACUCGAGUCAACAAAUAAAUUUACUAACCAACAUUAAACCACUCGCAGCCAUUUCCAUACCAAUGAAGCAAUAUAAAAUUAUUAGCGGAGGUGUAACGGUUACAACUUCGGUUGGUAAUUCUAGCCCGACUAAAAGUAUUAUGAAGAAAAUUUAUUUUCAUCAUUUAAGAGAAAGCAGUUCGGCACUAAAAGACGAUAAAGAAUCCAAUAUUUUGGCUUCAUCGCAAAACAGUUCUGCAGCAUUUUCAAAAGAAGUGACGGAGAGACAUUACUUGAAAAAUUUUACCGGAAGAGCAAAUAGCAACACUCCUCUUCAAAAUUUUUCCAGUUCGACUAGCAGUACAUCGCAACUAAAUUGUGGCCUAGUAAGUUUAUCACAACCCUCGACAACACUUAAUCAAUCGAAUCCCGUAGUAGCGCAACGACGACAUAACAAUCAAAUCAGCGUAUUCGAACCAUAUCCCAUGAGAGAUACGGUCCAGCAUUUUUGUGAAAAACAUUUGGAUAAAAUUAAAGCUUACAUGGAAAAAGUUUCGGUUAAAAUUCCGCCUCCUGCUAAAUGUACAAUUGAAGAAAAAAGAGCCAAAAAACUUGCCAAACUUCAUUUUGCUUGUCAGGGAAGAGGAGAGCAUUGUUUGUAUAAAAGAACAUUUUUUACAAUGAAAACGAGAAAUCCAAAAACUUGGAUUCAUCUUAUGUUUCUCGCCUUACAAGCUAGAUCCCAAUCGGCUUUGAGUUCCAGAGAUUCAUCCGUGUCCAGUUUGAAAAUAUGUUGGGAUAUUUUAAAAUGUGAAAAUAAAACAUUUUUAACUUUGGUAACUUCUGCAUUUCCAUGUGCUAAAGAUCAAGAAGCUAUUCUCAAUGAGUUAAGAGUGAGCGGGUUUCAAGAUGUUUUCGAAUGCGUUAGAUCUUCUGCUGGACCCAUGUGGGGAUGUUUUUUAUGCAAUCCCCCGGAAAAAGCCGUUGGAUUUUUGCAAGAUUCUCAUCCUGUUAUCGAAGGUCAAUUAAAAGAAAAAAAAGGAAAAUGGAAAAUAUUUAAACGUUGGAGAACGAGAUAUUUCACACUUUCCGGAGCUCAUUUGUCAUAUAAAGUUUCGAAAGAUGACAAAGAUGUUAUACCGAUCGAAGUAAAUCAAAUACGAUCUGUGAAAGUGUCGAGAGGAGCUCGAAACAUACCCAAAGCAUUUGAAAUAUUCACCGGAGAUCAAAGUCUCAUAUUGAAACCAAAAGGAGGUAAAAAUGUUGAAGAAUGGGUUCAGUGUCUCAGCAUUGUUGUCGCACAUUCACAAUCGAAAGAACUUCCUGUAAAAAGUCACAGUCUUCCGGCAAGAACAUUAAUUUAG